GGCGCCGCCGGCACUGCCGCGUCCCGCGCUGAAGAUGGCGGAGGGCGGCGCGGCGCCCCCGUCCUGCGCUGCCUCCUCCUCCUCCUCCUCCCUGAAGGGGCUGCGGGAGCAGAUGGUUGCUGCAGCCCAAGCCAUAGCAGAAGAAAGAAGAAGCCAAAGUGGCAUUAGCCCUCUUGCAGUCCAGACCUCAAUAAAGACAGCAACUAAACCAGUGAUAGAUGGCUCCACUCUAAGAACAGAAGAAAGGCAAAGACUGGCCAGGGAGCGUAGAGAAGAGCGGGAAAAGCAACAUGCUGCCAAAGAGACACAAAUCCUUGAAAAGGAGAGAAAAGCAAAACUCCAGUAUGAAAAACAGUUAGAAGAAAGGCAGAGAAAGCUAAAAGAAAUGAAGCAGAAAGAGGAACAACGGAGGGCAGCAGUAGAAGAAAAGAGGAAACAAAAAAUAGAGGAGGAAAAGGAGAGAUACGAAGCAGUUCUGCAUCGGACCUUGGAGCGGAAUCAGCGGCUGGAAACGCGGCAGAAGAGGUGGUCAUGGGGAGGAUCUGUAACUCCAGAUUCAGAAAGCAAAACAGAGCAACAGAGCACAGAUGAAGGUGGAGCUGGUGGCAGCAAACGCUCCACGUCCACAGCCAACCUCAAACAGGCAGAAGGUGCCGUGAGCAAACGGUUGUCGUCGUCUGCAGCGCUUCUAAAUGCCUCUGAUCGAAGUACCACAAAGAGAAGUGCCUCAUUAAACAGACUGAAUAACAAAGUUCCUCUACAUUCCCAGCAGUCAGCACUCAAAGGUUCGCAGGUGGAACAGAAAGGAGGAACAGAAAAGAAGAGGAGCACAUCUUUGAGUAGGAUGAGUAGUAAACCCCAAUCCUCUGCAGAACUAGAAAAACAGAAAAAGGAAGAAAAACCAGCUCGUCGCUCCCAGCUCAGUCCUCUGGACAGUAGCGUAAUCAGUCGCCUCCUGGCCCCCACACAGGCCUCCCUAGCUAGGAGUAAAAGUGCUGCUACCCUCUCGGCUGAUGGACAGGAUCCCUCAGAAUCUCACCUCUGUCCUCGUUCAGCUUCAGCCACUUCCAUCAGUUCCUCAGUCCCAGCUCCCAAAGUGCCCGUGCGCAGUCGUAGCAUCGACAGGUUGAAGUCUUCUCUAUCUUCAUCUGAUGCAAGUUCACCGGAUUCAACCCAGAAAUCAGAGACAGAAAAACCAUCAUCCCCAGGGCCUGGUUUAAGGCGCCCUCCCUCACCAUCUGUGUCUGCCCAUAGAAGAUCCCCCUCUCCUGCUAAUUUGGUGAAGCGUCCUCCGUCACCUUCUGCAGUUCGACAGAAGACUCGUCCGCCUUCACCUGGUGUGUCAAAACAAAGGCCACCAUCUCCUACUCCAGUCUCUAAACCAGCACCCAUCCAGCGUCCACCUCUCACACCAGGUGUUAUAAACAUUACCAAAAAGAAGACUGAAGCAGAGAGCAAACCAAAGGAUAAGAGCACAGAAGGAACAGGACAAGAGCAAGGUGCUUCCCCAGCCUUGGACAGGGAUGUGGGAGCAGCUAGCACAAAGACCAAAGAAGAAUCAGGUAGCAAAACAGUAGCAGGGACCACCACAGCUGAAGAAGCUGCUAAAAUCUUGGCAGAGAAGCGACGUCUGGCACGGGAGCAAAGAGAGCGUGAAGGCCAAGAAAGAAUUCAGAGGCAAGAAGAAGAAAGAAUCAGAGAGGAAGAGAUGGCCAGGAGAGCAACUGAGGAAAAAGCACGACGGGAAGAGGAGCUCCGGAAGGAGGAGGAAGAGAAGAGGCUGUUGUAUGAAGAACAGCAAAGGCAGGCUGAGGAGGAGAGGAUCCGCCGGGAACAGGAAGAGCAGGAAAAGCUCGCAGAGCUUCAGCACCAGAGAGAAGAAGCUGAAGCAAAAGCUCAAGAAGAGGCUGAAAGACAGAGACUGGAAAGAGAGAGAAUUAUGCAGCAAAAUAUGCAGGAAAGGCUUGAAAGAAAGAAGAGAAUUGAAGAAAUAAUGAAAAGAACACGAAAAUCGGAUCAAAACGAAUCCAAGUUGCAGAAUGAAGGGAAAUCUGCCUCAGAGGUGAUGGAGGGAGAGGAUAUUGAAGAGGAGGAAGAGUUGGGUCUUGAGAAGACUGAUCAACCAGGAAAGUUAAAUGGCAUUGACUUGCUCCAGGAAGUCAAGGGGGAGGCAGAGGGUCGAUUAGAGACUGCACAAAGCUUGAUCUCUGCAGGAUCUGAGGAACAAGAUGAGUCAGAGUUGAAGGCCAGUGAAGUGUUCAUGAAUGGAAGCGACUUGAAAAGUGAUGAGGGGUCUCUGUCUGUUACUGAACUGAAGGAUUCCAGCCAUCCUGUGAAAGAAAUGGUCAUUGAUGACUCAGUGAAGUUGGGAGUUAAUGAAGCUGAUCAUACAAUUGGACUUAUUCAGAAUCUUAAUGGAAAAUCUGGUUCAUGGACUUUUGAGGAGUUCAUUGAUGUUGGAGUACAUUCCAAGUCAACUAAAUUGAGCUCAGACAGCAUCUCUGCUGGUAACUGUAAUCAAAACUUGAAUGAUGCUGCUACAAUACCUCCUAGUCCCAAACUGGCUUUUGAGGAAGAUGGUGCAGUGAAUUCAUUGACCAAACCUAUAGAUGCUUCAUCAGAACUGUGAACACUAGAGACCUGGAAAUAAUCUGGUUGCACUUCAGUAAUCCAGUGCUUUCUCAAGUACCGAAGGCCUUGUUUUGAAAAGCUGCUUGUUUACCUUUAUCCAUCUUCAACUUUGCAAAAAACACCAGGGGAGGGAUGACAAAGUUCUAAUUUGCACCUUGAAACAUUUCAGGGAAACUGUUGUGCUAAUGUUCUUUUUUCCAUUCAUUUAGCUAAUUGUUAGAUAAGGUUUCCAAGUUCAAAUAUCCCUUGUUUCCCUUUUACAGACUUUACAGUAACCUGUUUGAGUCUUUUGGUUUUUUUAUUUCCAUAUCAGUAUCAUGUACAGCAGCAGGCUACUGGAGGCUCCUCACUUAGCUGCAAAUGUUGCAGAUUUCUAAAAUGGCCCUUGAUGAAAUAAAACUCAUUCAGUGUGUGUUAAAGCUGAACUCCCUUUGUAAUGUCUAGAAAAAUGUUGUUGCUUGUUAGUUCAUGUGCUAUUUAAAAAUGCAGAAUUGAAUAUCUUCAGUUUUGGAGAAGAAAAAUUCCUUAUCUAAUGUGAAAAUUUUGACAGUUUCAAAAUCCGGUAUUGUACCAUCACUAAUAUGUUUUAAUCUAUUGGCAAACAUCAAAACAUUUUACAGCAUGUGCACUAAUAUAUUGCAAAAAUGUCAAGUCCCUAGAUAUGUCUGUUGGUGCAGUUUAAUGUGUCUUGCUUUUAAAAAAUGUUUUCCUUUUGAUUUACUUAUUUAUCUACACUUAUGGAAGUAUUAUUUUAUUGUGUACAUAACAGUAUUAGACCGUUGAAGUCAUGUUUUGUUCAUGUUAAUUAUUUUAAGUAAGUGUAGCAGUUCCAGCUUUGUAACAAUGGCUGCAAGUUGCAUAUAUCCCCUCCCCUAAAGCCUGCAUUAAAUAAUCUAUUUAACCUGAACUUGCCUGCUUUUUACAGCAUGAAGAGAUUAAUGAAGCAUCUUCUGAAAAUUGCUACUAAAAGUAAUAAUGCAGCCUUGUUCUGAUGUCUCCUGUAAAGAUAGACUGGAUAGGUGGUUACUUUAAAGAAGGGCUGUCUCAAAUCCUGCUACAAGCCACUGGCUGAUCCUCCCAAUUCCAGUGAUUCAUCCAAAUGGUAGCUGUGUUUGCAGUGGGUAAAUGCAAAUGGAUUUGCUGGAACUACACCUGUUCUUUCCUCAACACCACAGUUGCGAAAGAAGCCCUCAGCCCUCUCCCUCUUGCUGUUCAGAAAUGCCAUAGAACUGUUUUAGACUUUUAGAGCAGUGCCUUAGGGAAAUGGAAAACUGUAUUUUUGUAUGAUAGCUGUUUUGUUCUGGCAGAGACAAUCAUUCUAACAAAGAUGCCAGUAUUUUCUUCUGUGCUGAUAUUUGUUGAAUGGUCUGAUACAGCUCUGUGUAAAUACGAGUGCACUGUUAAAUAAACUUUGCAGUUGAACAAUG